AUGCCCGGCAAAAUCAUACCCGUAACCUCCGCUUCGCACUUCUCCCAACUUCUGUCGCAAUCCAAAUACACUAUCGUCGACUUCUACGCGGAUUGGUGCGGACCAUGCAAGGCAAUCGCGCCAGUCUUCCAGGGCUUGGCAGAGAAAGAGACCAAGCCAGGCAAGAUGCAAUUCGUCAAGGUGGACGUGGAUAGCCAACAGGAAGUUGCAAAGAAGUAUGGCGUCAGCGCUAUGCCGACCUUCCUCGUCAUCAAAUCCACCUCCGUCGUCGAAACGAUCCGCGGCGCCAACCCCGCAGCCCUCACAGCCGCCGUCCGUAAAGCCGCAAACGAUACUUCUGGCCCGGGUGCUGCCUCCGCUGUCUUCUCGACCAAAGGCCGCACACUUGGCUCCGCUUCAGAACCCAGUCGGCCAGUUGGCGAAAGCCCGUUCGCCGGCCUACAAAGGAUGCUGACUGGUAAUGGCGGACUGAGCGAUGUGGUGGUCAGGUUUGCAGCGCUGUACUUUGUCAGCCUGUUCGCGUUUGACUCUUUCAAGGCCGCGGAGGAGAGUCCGUUCAAUGUUCGCGCGAGACGGUAG